ACAUUUUGCAAUUUUGUGCUUUCAGGUCGCUCUCUCUCGCUUCUAUUAGCUGUAAAACCCUAACCAGCGCCAUAGCUUAGGGAGGAUCCUGAUUGAGAGAGCGAGAACAAGAACAAGAACAAGAGGAUCAUCUCUCCGUUUUCUUCAGUAGGCUAUGGCGAUGUUAGGUGCACAGCAAGUUCAAACAUCAGCUUGUACUCCUGAUAUUGUUGGGAAUGCAUUUGUGCAUCAGUAUUACCACAUUUUGCAUCAAUCCCCUCAGCAUGUCCACAGGUUUUACCAAGAGAUUAGCAAGUUAGGCCGCCCUGAAGAUAAUGGUACGAUGAGCAUCACUUCUACCUUGCAAGCUAUUGACAAGAAGAUACUGGCACUUGGAUGUGGUGUAAUGGGUGCCGAGAUUGCAUCUGUGGACACACAAGAGUCUUAUGGCGGUGGUUUUCUCGUACUUGUGACUGGCUAUUUGACGGGGAAAGAUGGUGUCAGGAGGACGUUUACUCAGACCUUCUUCCUUGCUCCACAGGAGAUAGGUUACUUUGUCUUGAAUGAUAUGUUCCGAUACAUUGAUGAAGCCACAGUCGUGUGUGGCACUCAGUUUCCGGUUAAUAACAUCCAAGUUCUUGUCAACAUUCACCAGGAUCCACAUGCUGCUCAAGAUAUUACAGAAGACUUUGUUCAGGAGAAAUAUGUCCAAGAGAAUCAUGUUGUUGAGCAGUCUGAUGUGUUGUCGGAUAGCAUUAAUGGUCCUCAAGUGUUCACUCCCACUGAAGAGGAACAGGCAUCAGUGACAGAAGAAGUUCCAACGCCUGGUAUAGUUAACGAAGCUCCCAUUGAUGUGCAGAAGGUUGGAGAGUCUGAUUCUAGGACUGGUGAAGUUCCAAAGAGAUCUUAUGCAUCCAUUGUGAUGGUUAUGAAAGAGAAUGCUGCACCGAUGUCUGCUUCGAGAACUCCAACUAAGGUGGUGGAACCAAAGAGACAAGAAGAUCAAGCCACUCAUGUCCCGCCACCAACACCCUUUUCUGAGAAAUCAGAUUCAGGAGCAAAUGUAGCUGUAAAUGGGAACGAUCAACACAAUGAAAGAGCUGCAAGUCCAUCCAUCUAUCUUAAGGGCUUGCCGCUUGAUGCAACACCAUCCUUGCUCGAGAAUGAGUUACAGAAGUUUGGAGUUAUUAGGACCAAUGGAGUUCAAGUAAGAAGCCAGAAGGGAUUCUGUUUUGGUUUUGUUGAGUUUGAAGCCAUUAGUUCUGUGCAAAGCGCAAUCGAGGCAUCACCUAUCAUUCUCAAUGGGCAGAAAGUAGUCGUAGAGGAAAAACGAUCGACCGGAAGAGGCAAAGGACGUUCAGCGUUUGGUGCAGGAACAGGCUACAGAAACGAAGGUGGAAGGGGUCGUGGGCGCUUUGGAGGUGGAAGAGGAGGAGGUAAUGGCCGGAAUGAUUUCAACGGAUAUGGUAACAACAGGGGAAGCAAUAGGGAAGGAUACGUAAACCGAGCAAAUGGUGAUGGUGGUGGGUUUCCGAGGGUUAGUGGUAAUCAUGGACGUGUACGACGUGGCGGUGGUGGAUCUGAUGCUAACAGAGCUACUAAACCUGUGGAUGCUCCUCCUCACGUUUCUGUCACUGCGUAA